AGCACCAAACCCAACCCCAACCAGAUCAUCUCGGUGGGCUCCAAACCCGGUGUCAACGGGGCCGGAUUCCAGAAAGGGCUGAGCUGUGAAAGCUGCCACACGUCCCAGUCCCCCCAGUGGUACGCCUGGGGCCCCCCCAACAUGCAGUGCCGCCUCUGUGCCUCCUGCUGGAUCUACUGGAAGAAAUACGGGGUUAAGACCCCCACUCAGCUGGAGGGGGUGACCCGCAGUGCCUCGGAGCCCCACUCCCGAGGUCACCUGUCCCGGCCCGAGGCUCAGUCGCUGUCCCCGUACACGACGAGUGCCAGCCGUGCCAAGCUGCUGGCCAAGAACCGCCAGACGUUCCUGCUGCAAACCACGCGGCUGACGCGGCUCUCGCGCCGCCUGUGCCGGGACGUGCUGCAGCCGCGGCGGGCGGCGCGCCGGCCCUACGCCCCCAUCAACGCCAACGCCAUCAAGGCCGAGUGCUCCAUCCGGCUGCCCAAGGCUGCCAAAGCCCCCCUGAAGAUUCACCCGCUGACCCGGCUGCCCCUCGCCGCCAUCGUCAAGGAGCUGGCCGCUCAAGCCCCCCUGAAGCCGAACCCCCGAGGCACCAAGACCCCGAUCAACCGGAACCAGCUGAGCCAGAGCCGGGGGCUGGCAGGGCUGGGGGCAAGAGGGGCUACGAGGGGGGGGGUCGGAACGGCGGCGCUGCCGUUCUCGGCCAAUGGGCGCCCCCUGGCGGCCGCGCUGCGCCCCGCGCCUCCCCCCGGCACCAAACGGCAGAAACUGAACCCGGCGGACGCCCCCAACCCCGUGGUGUUCGUGGCCACCAAGGACACUCGGGCGCUGCGGAAGGCACUGACACACCUGGAGCUCCGUCGGGCUGCCCGGCGCCCCAACCUCCCCCUGAAGGUGAAACCGGGGCUUCCCCUGCGCCCGGGGGGGGCCCUGGCGCCCCCCGCUCCCCCCCACCCCGCCAGCACCUCGGAGCCCAUCGUGCUCGAGGACUGACCCCCACCCCCCAGCGCCCCCGGCCCGGCCCCUUUUAUAUUUUUUUAUUUCCAUAGAAAAAUCUCGCGGGGGGGGAGUUGGGGGGGGGUCCGGAGCCCCUCCCCCGCUGUCCUUUCUGGCCCCUCCCCCCCCCCAAACCCCUCCCGCGGACCCCUUUUGUACGUGGAGCGACGCCCCCGGUUUUGUAUCUCGGGCUGUCCCGGUUCUGUAGCGACAGGAAAUAAACGCGAUGAGUUUUUUCUUCA